AUGCUGUGUUUCUCUGUGUUUGUGUUGAGGUACGACGGAUUUGUCUACAAGUCUGUGUCCAGUAAACCUCUGGGGAAAUCUGCCACUGACAUGCAGAAGUACGUCUUCAUCUACAGAGAACAGACGGCGAGUGUGAUUGGUCAACAUCAGUACGAGAGCAAACCACAAGUUUUCACCAGGGCACCGUUCGCCGUUCACUUCCAGAGCAUGAAAACCAGAGUCAACAAGUUUGUUCUGGUUCCUCUUCACUCUGAUCCAGCUCAGGCCGUUCAGGAGAUGAACCGACUGUACGACGUCUUUGAGACGGUGACCAAGCUGUGGGACAACUUGAAUGUGAUGUUCCUGGGAGAUUUCCACGCUGGUUGUGCGUACAUGAAGAAGACCGACAAGAAAAACAUCAAACUCUUCGCUAACACCUCGUUCUCGUGGCUGAUCGGAGACAAAGUGGACACGACCGUCCGUGAGGACACCAGCUGUCCCUUUGACAUGAUCGUGGUUCAUGGGAGGGUGUUCCUGAAGGCGGUCGUUCCGUACUCCGCUAAGGUCUUCAACAUCGGAAGAGAGCUCAAGAUCCAAAGGAAAAGGGUGCGGAAGAUGAGUGACAACUUACCUGUGGAGGUGAGACUGAAGAGCUCCGCCCUCCUCCUUCAGGCCACGCCCCUGCUGUUCCUCCUCGGCGUCGUCCAGCUCCUCCGGUCUCUGUGAGCGAUGUGUCGUGAAGGUCAAGUGACCAGUGUUUCACAUGAGUCACGUGGUCACUGAGAUGUUUUUUUACGAUCUCUGACGUCGUCUCGUUGAACUGUCAUGGCGACAGAAUCAUUUAAAACUCUGACAAUGACGUGGUUCUUCACGCUGUGUGACCUGAUGAAUGAAUGAAUGAAGAUUUAAACGUGUCUGGAUUAUUAUUGUUAUUAUUUCUUAGGUAAAUUUGAUUUGUUUUUAUAACAAACAUUAUUUUAUUUUAUAUUCCUCCUCAUUCUGUUUUUGUCUCUGUACAGAAUCUGAUGUAAAUAUUUGAGAAAUGACUGUUUUUAAUAAUCAAUAAAGUUUUCUGUAUUCAAA